AUGAAAUCUCCCUAUUUUAGAAAGUACUCCGAAAGGAUACUCUCUCUUUUAUGUAACUACAAAAAAUGGGGGAGUCAAACAUAUGUAGCAUCGUACAAAAAAAUGUUCAGCAGCUUAAAUAAUGUCAUAUCUAAUGAGGAAGAAAAUAAAAAUAUUCAAGAUACUCAUUCAAUAGAUCCUAACAACGAAGUGAUUAUUGAGAAAUAUAAAAAUUUUAUAAGAAAUAGAAAACUCAAAGACAUACAAGAAAAAAGUAAUUUUCAAGAAAAUGCACAAAUAAAUCAAUCUAAUUUGAUUUCAAAUAAAAAUAUGAACUUAAAAAGUAAAAGAAUUAUAGAUGAUAUAAAUGUUAAUGACACCAAUAUAAAUAGCACACAAAAUACCUCAUCUAAUGAGGUAAUGUCUUCUAAAGAUGAAAAAUAUGUUAUUCUGAAAAAACAAAUUACGAACGAAUUUAUUCAUCAAGUAUUUUUGCCACAUGUUGAAUCUCAAAUAAUAUAUCAUCUAAAAACAUACACUCCUGAUCAAAUAGUAAAUAUAUUUCAGAUAUAUUCAUACUUGUAUUAUUAUGAUAAAAAAAAAGAAAUGAUAGAUCAAUUAUUAGAAUACUUAGAAUAUAGAUUAGAUUGUUUUAGUGUUCACAAUGUAUUAUUAAUAUUAGAACCUUUGUAUAUACUGAACCAACUAAAUAAUAUAUAUAUAUAUAGAUUAAUAAUAAAUUAUCUUUAUAAAAUUGAAGAUAAAUUAAAUAUUUAUAAUUAUAUAGGAAUAUCGAGAGUCUUUACAAAAAUUUUAAUAGAUCUUUAUUUUAAAGAAGAAGAAAAACAAAAGAGUAAUAAUUUAUUGUCUAUUAAAUCUAUAUUAAAAUAUUUUACAGAACAAAAAUUUAAAAAAAAAAUUACGCCACACGAAAGAGGUAUUCCUCAUAUAGAAUAUAUUACAAAAUUUAUGUUAGAAGUUAUAGAUAAAAUUGAAAAACAAUUACAUUUAUUAUCAGCCAUUGAAUUAACAGAUUUGUUGAGUGUCAUGUCUAAUUAUUCAUAUAAAAAUAAUUAUUCGAAAUAUCAUAUUCCAUUAGAAUAUAAGAAUAAUACAACUACACAAGAGGUUAAUCAAUUAUCAAUGGAUAUAUCAAAUGAAUGUAUUAAUGUUAUACAUAGAAAGAAUAAAAAAUUACAUAUAUAUAAUUUGUCAACAAAUAAUUCCUAUUUAUUCAAAGAAAAUAUUAUAUCUUUUCUUGUUGUUAAUAAAAUAAUACAAAAAUAUACAGAAUUGACAACUUUACAUAAAAUUACUAAUAUGUAUAAUUUAAUUAAAUUAUCUAUAUAUGAUGAUCAAUAUAUAAAAUUAAUAGAAAAUGAUAUGAACAAUUAUCAUUAUAUAAAUAAUAUACAUCAUAAAUAUUUAUCCUUAUUAAUAUGGUGUCUAUUCAAAUAUAAUAUUUUACAUAAUUAUAUAAACAAAUUAAUACCCAUAAUUCAACAAAAUAUUUAUAAUUUUAAUGCUAAAGGAUUUGCUAGACUAUCUCAUGCAAUUUAUGACCACAAAGAUAUUUUAUAUGAAAUAGCAAAUAAUUUAAUAAAAAAUAUUAAUCAAAUGAAUAUUAAUGAAUUUCUAUGCUUUUUCUAUUCUGUAGUUUUACAUGAUUUAUUACCAUAUCAGAUGCUAAAUCCAAAAAAUAAUGUACAUAUGAUGAACGGCACACAUGUAAAUCUUAAUUCCAAGGGUAUACAAACAAUAAAAAAUGAUAAUAUAAAUCUAUUAAACAAAAGUGUUAUUAUCAAUCUAAAUAAAAGUGAUAUAUUACAUAAAUGUCUACAUUAUAUUGACAAGAACAAAAGAGAUAUGAACAAAGAACAAAUGGUAAAAAUAGUACAGCUUUUAAAAAAAAAAAAAGAUCAAAAGUAUUUAUAUAUAUUGGACAUGUUACCACAUGAGUGGAAAGGUAUGCUUCAUUUGAUAAAUUGA